CCACGUCCCUCCUAUUUUUUUCUAUCACUUUGUCAGGAUUGACGCAGAAGAUACGACGAAUGAUCAUGUCGAUUAUAUUUGAUCGAGCCUACAUUUAAAUGGAUUUUUUUUCUGCUUAGUGAUACAAAGAUGGCUCACGGGAAGGGUCGCACGGUCGUGUACUUGCCACCUGAUAUCCCCCCAGUGGCGGCCCGUUCUGGUAGGGAAUAUUGUCAGCUGUUGUCAGCCCUGAAAAAAAAAAAUGUAAGAGGGAUCUUUGUAACCUGUCAAACGAAGCAACAUCAUGCCUUUUUAACUUUACGGGGAUGUUUAUUGUAAUUUUGACUUGAGAUUUUUGCCAAGUCGAAAAGAUGGAUAAUAUAUUCGGCAAGGAUGACUCUGGAAAUGAGAAUGAGAGCGAAGUAAUUGAUAUUGAAGAUAAGGAUGAAAAGUGCAGCCCAACGAUAGUUGCAGAAGUGAAAGACAAUGAAUCAAUGGAAGUUGAUAGUAUACAUGUCAAGGUAGAAUCAGACGCAGCUAGCUCGCAAUCACAGUCUGAUAAUGACGAGCCAGCAAAUAGUUCACUAUCGAGCCAACUUCCCUUUGAAGACCAACUAGAGAUCAUUAAACACGAAAUCGAUGUCAAAGAUGAAGGGGAGCAAAGUACGGAAGAUUUAUUUGGCAAUGAUAUUAUGUUACCUCAUGCAACUCCAACAAAUAUUAAGGAAAGAAGAGAAAGCAAGGAGAAAAGUAAAAAAGAACUUGAGGAGGAAGAACGAGAAAAGAUGCAGGUAUUAGUGUCAAACUUUACAGAGGAUCAGUUGGAUAGGUAUGAAAUGUACAGACGUGCAGCAUUUCCAAAAGCAGCUAUCAAAAGGAUAAUGCAAACUAUAACUGGAUGUUCGGUAUCUCAGAAUGUUGUCAUUGCCAUGUCCGGCAUAGCGAAAGUUUUCGUUGGAGAAAUCGUGGAGGAAGCAUUGGAUGUCAUGGAAGCCAACGAGGACACUGGACCGUUACAACCUAAGCAUCUUAGAGAAGCAGUCCGCAGACUUAGACUUCAAGGCCAAAUUCCUAACGGAAGAGCACAUAAAGCAUUCUUCCGUCUCUAAACUUUAAGAUUAGCUUUGAAAUUAAUAUUGAAAUGGUACAAAACUUCAUAGGAUAAGAUUUUAAAGAGAUUUCAAAUUGUUACGAUAUCCGCUGCAGUUGAAUUUCUCGCAGUUAAUUAUGCGAGUAAUGUGAUCGAGAAAUACAAUGUCUUUUUGAUACGA